AUGCGGAGCGAGUGUCUCAGAAAGAAAGCCUCGAGCUUGACGGCUCAAAGCUUACGAUUACAUUAAAAGAAAUUCCUAAAGAAAUUUCUAAAGACCCCAACAAGCUUCAUGUGACGGGAAUAAGCGAAAAAACAAACAAGGACGGGUUCGAAUCAUUCAUGGAAGUGGUCAGCGGAGUGGAAGUAGAGAGCUUCUUCUUCGGAAGUAAUUAUAACGCUAUGGUUGCUUUUAAAGAACCACCUGUUCUGCCGAAGUGCAAACACAAAUUCUGUAAGAAGUGUAUUGAUCUAGCUUUCCAGCACCGCAAGGCUUGUCCUACCUGUGGAAUGACUUAUGGAGUGCACACAGGAAACAUGCCACAAGGUACCAUGCACCACUCUCUGGAACCUUACUUAAGACUUCCGGGAUAUGAAAGAUACGGUACCGUUAGGAUUGACUACAAUUUCCCAAGUGGAAAACAAGGUCCUGAACACCCAAAUCCAGGACAAAGGUAUAGUGGAACUUCAAGAACAGCGUAUUUACCCGAUUGCUCAGAGGGAAGAGAAGUGUUAGAUUUGCUCCAGAAAGCGUUCAAUGCAAGGCUGACUUUUACCAUCGGAAGGUCUGUGACUACUGGUGUUUUUAAUGUCGUGACAUGGAACGAUAUACACCACAAGACUAACCCUUAUGGAGGAGCAAAUGG